CCCCACGGAAGGAUGUGCUGACCAAAGUCCCGCCGACACAGCCAAGAAUGCUUCGGCAGGGGCAAACCCAAGGCACACGCUCUAGAGGUCUAGUGGCCAAGCCCACCCGGCCCACCGGCCCAUUGUGCCGCCCGUAGCUUACUUGUUUGGGUUUCUCCGCGGCCGGCCGAGACAUGAACCGAUUCUUCGGGAAAGCGAAACCCAAGGCUCCGCCUCCCAGCCUGACUGACUGCAUUGGCACGGUGGAUAGCAGGGCAGAGUCCAUUGACAAAAAGAUUUCCCGACUGGAUGCUGAGCUAGUGAAAUAUAAGGAUCAAAUUAAGAAGAUGAGAGAGGGUCCUGCCAAGAAUAUGGUCAAACAGAAAGCCUUGCGGGUUUUAAAGCAAAAGCGGAUGUAUGAGCAGCAGCGGGACAACCUUGCCCAACAGUCUUUUAACAUGGAACAAGCCAAUUACACCAUCCAGUCACUGAAGGACACCAAGACCACGGUUGAUGCUAUGAAACUAGGAGUAAAGGAAAUGAAGAAGGCAUAUAAGCAACUGAAAAUUGACCAGAUUGAGGAUUUGCAAGACCAGCUAGAAGAUAUGAUGGAAGAUGCAAGUGAAAUCCAAGAAGCACUGAGUCGCAGUUAUGGCACCCCAGAAUUAGAUGAGGAUGACCUAGAAGCAGAGCUGGAUGCCCUGGGUGACGAGCUUCUGGCUGAUGAAGACAGUUCUUACUUGGAUGAAGCAGCAUCCGCCCCCGCAAUCCCAGAAGGUGUUCCUACUGACACAAAAAACAAGGAUGGUGUUCUGGUGGACGAAUUUGGAUUGCCACAGAUCCCUGCUUCAUAGACUUGCAUCACUCCAGUAUACCAUGUAAAAUAAAUACAUAUUCUAGAACUAGGAAGUAUUUCCAAAUUUGCCAUAACAGAUUUAGUGUUCUUUCCUUUCUUUGAAGGAAAAGUCACUGACACUUCUCUUUCAUUUUUCCGUUACGAAACUCAUUGCUUGGGAGAAGCUUUCUUUGUACUAAAAUUUGAUUAUUUUUCUCUUAGGAAAGACUAACUUGACUUUGUAUGACAUGUUUUCAUGAUGAACAAUAAUUUGAAAUAAAGCCAAGGAGAUGAGCAUCUUUGAAUUCCAUGAUAAUGUAACAUAGUCAUCUCAUUGAGAUGUGACAAAUUGAUGAGGUUAUGGAGACUGUUCAUCUGUGGUUCAAAGCCAGUGUCUAUUGUGGUGGUGUAGGUGGUUAAAGUGGUGGGCCUUUGUUGAUAGGUUUUGUUGUGUCUUGUGAGCAGGUCAUUACUGUGUCUAAUACUGGAAUGAAUUGUCACUACUGUAUCAUGAGUUGAUAUUUUGGUUCUAUGGUUCCCUCAGUAUUAUAGCCUGACUUGUAAUGAAUAAUGAAUAUUUCUUGAUAUUUAAUGUAUAGGACAUUUAUUUAUACUCAAUAAAUAUUUUUCAAAAGGA